AUGUGCUCCUCCACCUCCGCCCCCACUCUUGUAAACCGCAACGGCCCCGGCUCCGCAGCCUCCUCUACUAUCGAGAGCAUCGUCAAGGGCGGCCCCGCCACAGGCAAGACGAAGUGCAUUGAGUGUGACGGGUACGAGUGCUGCUGCAUUCCGAUUCCCUGUACGGUGAUGUGA